AAGAUUAAGAACAUGUUUUUGUAUUUUACUUUCAUCCUGUCUGCUUUACUACUACUAUUAUUGCACCAUUUUGCAGAGAAACAAAUGGGACUUCUUUGUUUUCGUCUGCAUGGGAACUUUGACAGCAUUUGUUGGUGCUGCUGUUGCAGUUCAAAGAAUUUGGAUGAUACCAGCAUUGCCUCCCGCAGAAUCAUGGGUUCACCAUGUGAUGGUUCAGCAUCCUGGCAUAGUUGUGUUUCUGGUUCUCGACCUUAUUAUUUUGGUUGGUGCUGCAACUUUGACUACGUCACAGGCAUACCAGAUUGCUCGGAACAUCACCACUAAUGAAUUAUCAAAUGCCCGACGUUAUCAGUAUCUUCGAGGUCCUGACGGGCGGUUUCAUAACCCAUAUAAUCAUGGGUGGCGAAAGAAUUGUGCAGAUUUCCUCAUUCAUGGCUAUACAAAUGAUGAUGAAAUUGCUUGGCCUCCAUUACAGUAGAUUGCCAGGUAGGACCGUUGCCAUGAUACACCAACACACCAAAGCCUAACCUUGUUCCCUUGUAAAAUAUACAAACCUUGCCGAUCAUCACAUCAAUGUUGGUAUGCAAAGUUACAAGCCCUCAGCUCAUAAAUCAUAAUGAUCAUUAUUAAUGUAAAUAUCAUUUUUGAUUUAAAUAUUCUGAUAAAACACAAUGUACAUGUACAGUCCAGCAACCUGAAAGGGGUAACUCUGGCUUUGGAUCCUGUAAUUUGUAUUGUGUCUUUUGUUAAAUAGCAAAUUGCUGGCAG